CUGAACAGUACAAAACAAUAGUGAAGUGAAAACCUACCAGAUCGACGACGUUCAAACCCCACUCUGAAACUCACACAUUCAACUGUCGAGAACCGCUUAAUAUACCAAGAUGGUGAGUCGAUUGCAUCAGUCGAGACAGACGAAAGAGAUGACAACGGAUCAGGUUUGAUUUGGUUGUUAAUGGGUAGCAUUCGGGAUCGACCAUGGCGACAUUUCGCGGAAUKCGUCAUUUCGGCGGUUUAUCGCAUUUGAAGGUUACCGCAUUACUCGGCACCGUAGGGCCCACGUAGAUUUUGUACUACAGAACAUUUCACUCACCCACACGUCCCAUACCCUCUUUUACCUUCUUUCUGCAGGAAACUAGCUUUAAACUCGCAAAGGUCAGCAAGGUCCUCGGACGUACUGGUAACACCGGUAACGUAACACANCCCUCUUUUACCUUCUUUCUGCAGGAAACUAGCUUUAAACUCGCAAAGGUCAGCAAGGUCCUCGGACGUACUGGUAACACCGGUAACGUAACACAGGUCCGUGUCGAAUUCAUGGAUUCCGAGAGCGGCCAGGGAUCAGGGCGAUCCAUCGUCAGAAAUGUYAAGGGGCCUGUUCGUGAGAACGAUAUCCUCUGUCUAUUGGAAUGGGAACGUGAAGCCCGUCGUCUUCGUUAAGAAAUUGAAACUACUUCUUAUAAAAUGAUAGAGCCCCA